AUGGCUGCUGUCUUUGCGGAAUGCGCCAUCGCGUUUGUCGCGAGCAGCGAACUCGCUCCAAAACUGAUCGGAGAGCUAUCGAAAAUUUUGCAAGACAAUGGUGCUACCAUCUGCGAACCUAGACGCGAUGGUUCGCUACCUGUCGAAAAAGUCACACAUAUCAUCUCCAACACAAUUGACUUUCCACAAUUCACCGAAGCACAAGCUAUUAUGAUUCCUGUAGUCACAACACAGUGGAUCGCCAGCUCCGUCGCCCGCCGAAAACAGUCACAAAUCAGGCCCUUCUCGCCUGACCCCAGGAUGAUAUUCUCAGACGUUGUCGUUACGUGCGCCGAUCUACCAGAGACGGACAAAGAGUGCAUCGCUGGUGCUGUCAUGGCCUUGGGUGGACAAGAAUCCAAGGAUGCUACUCGUAUGACUACGCAUAUUUGUGCGCUGUCAAUGGACCACCCAAAACUUCAAGCUGCUCUUGCAAAGGGAUGGAAAGGCAAGGUUGUCUUACCACACUGGUUCGACGAUUGUUUCAAGCUCGGAAAGCGCAUCGACGAAAACCCAUAUGUACUACCCGAUCCCGAGAUUCUGAAGAAGUCCCCCGAAGACGAGGUUAAAAUCCCGGAAAACAAGAACUUAUUAGGAGCAACGUCGCAUGCGCCAUUAGACCUGCGUUUGCCAUCUGACAACGAUGCAGCUCGCCCUCCUGUGACCGUUUUCCAGGAUCGCCGCGUCAUGCUCUCGAAAGACCUGAGCGUUACUGAAAGGUUAUCCAAGGUGAUUCAGGAGAUCAUCAUAAAUGGAGGCGGAAAGCUCGUGGAUGAGGUCGGGGACUGCGAUGCCUUCAUUUGCCAGUACCGUGAUGGACCUCAGUAUAUUAGAGCAGCGCAAUCAUGCAAGGAUGUUGGCAACCUGGCUUGGCUUUUCUGGCUGAUUGUUCAUAACGAAUGGACAUCACCCCUUCGUCGACUGCUACAUUAUCCUAUUCCAAGGGACGGCAUCCCGGGCUUCAAGGAACUUCGCAUUACUGUUUCAAAUUACGGUGGAGAGGCACGAAUCUACCUUGAGAAUCUGAUCAGGGCGUGUGGAGCCGAGUUUACCAAGACGAUGAAAUCGGACAACACCCAUCUCAUCACCGCACGCGAUUCUAGUGAAAAGUGCAAAGCGGCGCCUGAAUGGGGCAUCGACGUUGUGAACCAUCUUUGGAUUGAGGAGAGCUAUGCUAAAUGCGAGAUAACUCCCAUUAGCAUCAAGAAGUACACCCACUUUCCUCCUCGAACUAAUCUGGGAGAGAUAAUCGGUCAAACAUUUUUUGACGAGUCGAGGUUGCGGGACAAGUACUAUCCCGGAGGCGACGAAAACUUGUCCCCGGCAGCGAAGAGAAAGCGGAAGAUCCUCGAAGCUGCAGAGGAAAAUGCCUACCCACGAGGACCAGCAGAGGGUGUCGUAAUUGGUCAAGUCGGCAGCGAAGAUGUCGAGAUGGAGGAUGUUGAAGAGGAUGAGAAACCCGCGAAGAAAAAGGCCGCUGCGAAGGCUGCUUCCGUAGCAACUCCUAUUCGAUCACGGCGUGCAGGAAAGGAGAAUGACACGCCAUCAGUGAUUUCUACAGGAGGUCGUAGUGCCAAAGCGAAAGCACAGGCAGCUUUGCUUGACCUAAGCGACGACAUUGCGUUGUACGAAAAGGAGAAGAAGAGGAAUGCUAAAGGAGGCAAUGCAGUCUGGGGUGGCAAACGGGCUGCGGAUCAGGCUGAGAAAGACAUCAUCAAGACAAAAAGUGCAUCUCCUGAAGCUGAAGACGACACAACGACGGCCAAGCGGCCGGCAAAGAAGGCAAAACCGUCCCUUCCUGGCGUUUCAAUGCGUAUUAUCUUGACAGCAUUCAAUCGCUGGGUCGGAGACAAGAGCAAGGAAGAUCGGGAUCGAAAAAAACUACGAGAAAUGGGGAUUCAGAUUGUUGGAGAGGGUCAACCUUGUGACUAUCUGGCUGCACCCAACGUCGUCCGCACUGUCAAAUUUUUGUGUGCCCUUUCACGCGGACCAACCGUCAUCUCCUCAAGUUUCAUCGACCAAGCCUUAGAUACGGGCAAUCUACCUGAUGUGGACGACUUCACACUCCAAGACAAGGAUGCGGAAAAGAAGUACAAUAUCGAGCUCGACAAGUCGGUUGCCCGUGCUAAAGCCAACAGAGGCAAGCUACUGCUAGGUGUCCCAAUUUAUUGCACGGAAAAGAUCCGCAAUGGUCCCGACAGCUACAGGGCUAUCGCCGAGGCAAACGGGGCGAUUUUCAAGAUCUAUCGAGCGCGAAGUGGAACAACAAUUCGACCAACGACCGCCGAGGAAGAAGGCAAUGCGCCUCCUGAGCCUGUUUACCUCCUCAGCAGUGAUGCCAAGGAUGAGAAGGCACUGUGGGAUCGAUUCCGAGAGAUGGCGCGGGGAGGCAACAUGGAACCGCGGGUCGUGGUACCUGACUGGUUGCUCGAUGUUGCAAUGGCUCAACAAGUACGGUUCGACGAAUCUUUUCUUGUCGAGAAAUAUUACGCUGCAGAGUGA